AUGGCAGAGAAGAGACCGCGAGGUGACUGCAUGCGAUCAUCGUCCAUCGGUGUAGGAGAUUUCUACGGGAAGAAGAGCAAGGAGGAGGAGCUGUUUCUCUUCCGGCUCUCGCACCAGACAACCAAGUUAAGACGCGCUGAGAUGCGCAAGUUCAAACUUCAGAGAGACGCCUUCGAGUUUCUGGACUCGCAGCAAGAGGGGAAGGGGAUGGAAUUAUGGCGAAUCAUCAAGGAGACCUUCGAGCGCGGCGAAAUCCCUCACAUGUAUGAAGUGAUUCGAGAAGGAUGCCCGGCGUAUCUCUACUUCGACAUCGAGUUCAACAAGCGGUGGAAUCCUGAAGUGAAUGGCGAAUGUUGCAUGGAGACGUUUGAGAACUAUUUGUGCGAGGUGUUUCGGGAUAAUGUACAGAUGGGCGAGUUUGUCCGAGCUCUUGUGCAAAAUAUCGAGAACGACCUCAAACAGGGGAAUGAGGAGCUCUUGAGGCUUUUCGUCUUUGUUGAUGAACAGAUGGAUAAGGAGAACAAGAAGAUCUUUGUCGACCUUGGCGUUUACACCAAGAAUCGUUGUUUCCGUGUGUAUCUCAACUCGAAGUUCGGGAAGAAAACGAUACUAGUUCCUGUCAACGAUAGAAGAUCAAUUGAUGAGCUUCUUCGCGACGAGUCUUUGUUCUACAAGACUCUCGUCUGUCCUCGCUUGAAAGAUCCAGCAAGCUUCACGGUGGGAGAGUACAUCAUUUCUUUCUGGAAUGAACGAGCUGGAGGAGUAAACGGGAAAAUUUGCGCGUUGAAUGUGAUGGACGAGGAGGAGACGAUUGUGAACUUUCGUGUGGUUGGCAACAGAUGGUGCGACAAUAUUGGGAGGAAAUGCUUCGAUCCUGACUGCCGGCAACGAGACGCUCGCUCCAACGACUUUCCUAUCCCAGCAGCCCUCCUGCAUGGAACCUCCAUCAGUGACCAGCCGGAGCUUGAGGAGGAAUGGGACGAGGCUCUGUUUACUUGCAUCGACAAGCUUGUUGCGGAUACAACACAACGCAGAAAUUCGGCAGCUCCUUCCUCUCCUCUUGCUAUCCUCCAAGACGAUGACCUUGAUGCCGGGGCACUGACAGCCAUCGAUCAGGCUGUGAGCGAGUAUCUGAGGAGGAAGGAGACGAACCCUCAUGAGCUAUCACGCGUAUUCCCCUCUCCUUCUCGUUAG